UACUAUCACUAAAGCAAAGAGAGAGUUAGAGCGAUCGAUGGCUUCUCAUCUCAACCUUUUCAUCUUCACUAUCAUUGUAUCAGUGAUUAAAUUGUCCGAAAGCACAAGAUCGUUCACCAUAGUAAAUUACUGCAAGGAUACAAUAUGGCCUGGAAUUACACAUGGUGAGAACUUCAGCGGCGGAGGUUUUGCACUAAAACCCGGACAGUCUGCUGUCUAUACCGCUUCGGCUGGGUGGGGUGGCCGGAUAUGGGCUCGGACUGGCUGCAAUUUCGACAAAAACGGUAAUGGAAAAUGCCAAACGGGUAGCUGCGGCACCAUCCUUAAUUGCACCGAGCCGAGCAGACCACCCACCUCCAUCGCCGAUUUCACCCUUGGACAAAUCGAUUUCUAUGAUGUAAGCCUUGUAGAUGGCUUUAAUGUGCCUAUAGUUGUCAAAGCUGUUAAUGGUACAGGCAACUGCAGUACUGCUGGCUGUGAUGGAGAUUUGAGGCAAAACUGCCCGUCGGAGCUCACCCUAAAGGCCGACGGAAAGGUUGUGGCUUGCCGGAGUGCAUGUGAUGUGUUCAACACUGAUGAGUAUUGUUGCAGAGGAAUGUAUGGAAAUCCAUCCACAUGUCUACCUUCGAAUUAUUCCAAGAGUUUCAAACAAGUAUGCCCAACAGCAUACAGCUUCGCAUAUGAUGACCCUACCAGCGUUAUAACUUGCUCUGGAGCAGACUACAUAAUUGCAUUCUGCGCAUCAAGGAACCAAACCAUAUGCUCUUAUCAUGAUAAGCAGCUUGCCUGUAAUCAAUCAAAGGGCAUCAGAUCAGUAAUCUCUCAUGGAUGGUGGGUCCCAAUGCUUGCAUUAACCUUCAUGUUUGAAUCAUGGUGGGUCAUGAUUUAGCAAUUUCUGUACAAAGUUAAUCACUCCAACCCCCUCAGUCAUAUUUGUACUUUAUCUUAUUUGGUUCCAUACGGUUUUGGCUGCUUUUUUCCCCCUCUUUUUUCAUUAAGCUGAUUAAAUCUCAAGCUAUAAGAGGAUAUGCCUGCCAUUUAUA